AUGGACCUUGUGGAGCAUGUGAGCCACAUCAACCAGAGAAUGGCUGUUCACACCAAGAAUAAGGCAUUGAUGUGCAAGGUGUUCCCAUCCAAUUUGGGGCCUAUGGUGAUGAGAUGGUUUGAUGGCCUGAGGGAAGGCUCUAUUAAUUCUUUUAAGGAGCUUACUCGGGUGUUUGGAGCUCGUUUUGUUACUUGCAACAGGGUUCCUCGACCUUUGGACUCUUUGCUAUCUAUGACCAUGCAGGACGGGGAGACAUAUAAAACAUAUAUUGACAGAUACUGGGAGAUGUUCAAUGAGAUUGAUGAGAAUUUUGAUGACGUGGCUAUAAGGAUUUUCAAGGUUAGCUUGCCCGCUGAGCAUGAUUUGAGAAAGUCUUUGACAAGGAAACCCAUUAGGAGUGUGUGUCAACUCAUGGAUCGUAUUGACGAGUAUAAGCGGGUCGAGGAAGAUUAG